AUGACGAUGAACUUCGUGACGUUUAACCAGGACUAUAGCUACCUGGCUGUAGCCACUUCCAAGGGCUUCCGUAUAUUUACGACAGACCCCUUCGCCAAAAGCUACGAGACAAAAGAGGGGAACAUCGCCAUCAUCGAGAUGCUGUUUUCGACCUCUUUAGUGGCCUUGAUUCUCUCACCCCGUCGUCUUCAGAUCACGAAUACCAAGCGACAAUCUACGAUAUGCGAAUUAACAUUCCCAACCACCGUCUUGGCCGUUAAGCUGAAUCGAAAACGACUAGUUAUUGUCCUGGAGGACCAAAUAUACCUGUACGACAUUCAAACCAUGAAGUUAUUAUACACUAUCGAGACAUCGCCGAACCCGAAUGCACUAUGCGCGUUGUCGCCGUCGUCCGAUAAUUGUUAUCUUGCAUAUCCUCUUCCCCAAAAAGCCGCUCCUUCUUUGAACCCUCCAGCUCACGCUCCGCCUGGGAGUACACAUGUGUCCCCAACAAGUGGUGAAGUCUUAAUAUUCGACACCCUGAAGUUAGAGGCCAUCAACGUGAUUGAGGCGCAUCGAUCACCGCUGGCAUGCAUUACACUAAAUGGCGAUGGUACGCUUAUCGCCACUGCGUCAGACAAAGGAACCAUCAUCCGAGUAUUUUCCGUACCGGACGGCCACAAACUAUAUCAAUUCCGACGUGGCUCGAUACCGUCAAGAAUCUUCAGCAUGUCCUUCAACACCACAUCGACUCUCCUUUGCGUUUCAUCAUCUACUGAAACGAUCCACCUUUUCAAGCUUUCACCCCCGUCCCAGCAGCCGCCCCAAGAAGGUUCGCUUACAUAUUCUCCGCCUACUGGACGUCGACGAAGCUUCAGCUCCCUUAGCCAGUCUCCAGACGAGGACAAUGCGAACGAGGAGCACGGAUCCUCGGACCUAUCAGGCAGAAAGCAUAAUGGAACACUGAUGGGCAUGCUCCGUCGCACUUCACAGAAUGUCGGUGGUGUGUUCGCUGCCAAGGUUGGAGGGUACUUGCCAAAAGGCGUAAGCGAGAUGUGGGAGCCAGCUCGCGACUUCGCCUGGUUCAAAAUUCCGAAACCUAACCAGGGCGCCGCGCAAAACCCAAAUGCGGGCCCAUUACGGAGUGUCGUCGCAAUGAGCAGCAACACACCCCAGGUAAUGGUAGUCACGAGUGACGGCAACUUUUACGUUUUCAGCAUCGACCUUUCCAAGGGUGGUGAGGGGACAUUAACGAAACAGUACUCAGUACUCGAACCAAAUGAUAGGCUGGGAUACUCAGUCACAGACUAG